GACUCCUGGCCGGUUAUCGCUCAUCUCUAGUGUUAGAUCUCGCGAAGCGCACCGCGUUAUGUUUGUUCGGUUUAAUUAUAAUAUUCGACAACUUAAUUUAUAGAAAAAUGUCGCGGAAUGUAACGCUCUCGGAUGAACAGAGUCGGCUGAAUGCGCGUUUGGAGGCGCACAUGGUGUAUAUAUGUCCGGAGUGCGGAAAGGCAUUUCGCACGCAGGCAGAGUGGCGUCAACAUCUGAACACGAAACACGACUAUCUGAAGAAGACCUACUCCGAUUUCAACUUUAUCCAGAUCGAUGAGCGCUUCCACGAAUGCCAGCUGUGCUUCAAGUGGGUGGAGAAUGCCCACAAAACGAUCGCCUUGCUGCAGUACCACUACUUUAUGCACCUGGAACACAGUGAAACAUAUCGAUGCGUGCACUGCCGCAUGGCUUACACGAGGCGCCGGGCUCUGAAUGUCCACCUGUUGGACACACACAUGAGGGAGAUCGAGAAGUACGAGAACAAACUGCGACAGAUGAAGCGGCAGCAGCAAAAACCCACCACUGUGGGAACAGCUGGUCUAGGGAGUCCAGAUAAAACGGCGGCAGGAAGGACACGAGGGCGUCCCAAAGGAUCUGGGAAUAAAAAGCAGAAGGAUCUGCUGCAAAAGGCGCUAAUGGACAUCGAUCUUAACACGGAGUUGGAGAAGUCCCCAACUCAACCAUCUGUAGCAGUAGCUCCUGCAUCCGCACCGAAAAGCAAUGCAAAUGUCAGUGAACAGAAUCUGGACCGGUGUUUGAAUGCCUACGAGGACAUUGUGCGAAAAGAGGAGGAGAAGGUGCCCAAGUAUGACGCCGAAUUGGAUGCCCUUUGCCAAGAGUUCUUUGAAGAGAAUAGCACCACCAGCAAAGGAGGAGCAGAUGUGGGGCAGCAGUUAUUAGAUGGGCAACCGCAGCAGGAAAAUCAGGAAGUAAUAAUUAUUGAGAUAGAUGCACUCGGCAAAGAGGAGGUGGCCCAGUUGAAGAAGGAAAUGAAAUCGGAAUCAUCGGGUCAAGCGGCCAAGCGUCGUCGCAUGUCCGCGACGCCCACCCGAGACUCCGACACGGAGGUGUCCACCAAUGGACUUAUGAAGCUUAUCUCGUACUUGUGCCCCAAGUGCGGCAAGGAGAUCUCCACGAUGGACGGAUGGCGAGCGCACGUGUUUAAGAAGCACGACUUCGAGCACAUAAUCGAGAAUAGCUUCAAGAUUCUAGAUCCGGGGCGCAAAGCCAUGUGUUUGCAGUGCCGCGAGGUGCAGCCGACGACUCAGCGGUCACAGCUCCAGAAGCACUGCUUUAAGCAUCUGCCUUACCGAUCCUAUCUCAAGUGCACACUCUGCGAGCGAACCAAGACCAGCACCUCGAAGAUCCUCAACCACAUUCGCUACAACCACCAGGAGGAGCUGCAGCGAAAAAACAAGACGCAACUUCUUAUCAAGCCGGAGCCAAAGUGGACCAGUCCCAAAAGGUCCGGAAAAGCUGGCAAGCCGGAUGACGAAGAAGAUGAGGACGCGGAAAGUUUAGCUUGUGAGCACUGCAACAGAGUGUUCAAUACUAAAGGGCUCCACGAUCGGCACGUUUCCGUUUGUAAAAGAGCCGGAAUCAUCCGUCCAAUUUCACCAGUUGAGGGUACCAUCGAAGUCAUGCUGAAUAAUCUGCGAGAAGGGCACUUGCGAAUGAAUGUUAUCUGGAAGGCGAUGCAACGUGAAAAGCUUUAGAUAUAGUCUAGUUAAGGUUUGAUUAUGAUUUUUGAAUACCAAUUUCAGGUUCACACCUAGAGGCACCAAGUGAAUGCCAAUUGAUCAGUAAUUUUUCAUUAGUAUAUAAACAUACCAUAAAUAACUAAAUUUUAUUAUUAUUCUUAUGUCAUUACACUAAAAUAUAGUAGUAAGACUUAAAACUGUUUAAUUAUCUAAUAAUUAAUAUAAUAAUAUUUAACGCAUAUAUAUAUAACGAAUUUCAUUAAAGAUACCAUUUUUCUUGGAGAUAUUUAGUUAAAUUUUUUUAAUGCAAUUAAAUGAAAUUUUGUUAUAUAUUAAUAUAUUGAUCCUUGGCGAAUAGCCUGAUCCUUGACCAUUAUCAUUUACUUUGAAGUGAUGUGAUUGGGCAUUAACAAUAAGUUUUAGGCAUUAGUUGUGCAUCUUAGUAUUUAAUAGUAAAUAAAAUUAUGAAAUGAUAUGACAAA